AUGUCUAACGACCCGGUCAACAAGCAAAGAGAGGCCGCAGCACCCUUUUGGGAUGGCGAACCAGACAGCAGGCCAGAACACUCGCCUUACGCCAGUCAAGUCUGUGCCGUAUACUUCCAAGGAAAUGGACCCCUCCAUAUCCCUCACGUACUCCUGCAUCAGAGUGUCGAGCUUACUUCCCGAAGCGUCGCGACAGACUGUUUCUCUUCGUCGUUACGCGACCUUCACUUGGACGAUAUCGACUACAAUACCGGCCAUGUCCUUAUUCACUUUAUGACCACCGGCAGGUAUCAAUGCCUGAAGCCACAGGGAGAGACUAUUAUGAUGAGGUAUGCAUCCGAGUUUACAACUGCACUCCGCGUGUACGCCGCAGCCCAAUCCUUUCAAUUGCCCUCUCUUCGUGAUCUGGCAAGAAGAGAGAUGAUCGCACUCGGCGACAGGUUGAGCUUGCCUUCCUUGGUUGAUAUCAUGGAAGAGUCAAGUCUGUCAUUGAGCACUCUCCCGGGAAUAGCCGCGUAUGUUGAGUCGCGCAUCCUUGCUUUUGCCGAGAACAUUACCUAUCCAACUUCAGAAAAGGUACUCUCUGAGAUUGGAACUCCCAACACGCUCAGCAUGGUACUUUUGAAGGCUAUUCUGCUGCUUCAAACUUCAAAAGUAUCUCUACGUGAUGAUUCACUUCGGAAGGAGGAACCCGUAGAGAUUCUCCGAGGUCUCAGCGAUACCGGACCCAUAGCAAAAGGCAAGGCUUCGGAUGUGGAUCAAGCUAUGAAGGAAGCCGAGGAGCAAGCAGCCAAGAGGGCCGAAGAAAAGGCUGCUGCUGCCGCUAUUGCCGUGGCGCAAAGAAUUGCUGAGGCUCAGGCGACUGAAGCAGUUCAUGAAGAGGGGGAAAUUGCUUGCUUAUUAGAAAAAAAGGCACGCAGAGGAGGCAGACUUAUCAAAAAAGACCAAGAUAGGCUUUCCACACUCGAGUAUAAUACCGCAAAGAGAAGUGAAGCUCGGGCUGCUCGUGAAAUUGCGGAAGCAAAAAUUGCCCACGCAUUAAGUGCCCCCGCUGCAGACAAGGUCGACCUUUCGCUGUUGUGGGCCGCCAGGAAUGGAAGCGAGGCCAUGGUCAAGAUGCUCCUCGACAUGGGCAAGGUCGACGUUGAUGCGAAAGACAAGAACGGCCAGACGCCGUUGUCGUGGGCCGCUGAGAAUGGACACGAGGCCGUGGUCAAGAUGCUCGUCGACACGGGCAAGGUCGACUUUGAUGCGAAAGAUUACAUUGGCCGGACGCCGCUGUCGUUGGCCGCUGAGAAUGGACACGAGGCCGUGGUCAAGAUGCUCGUCGACACGGGCAAGGUCGACUUUGAUGCGAAAGACAAGAACGGCCGGACGCCGCUGUUGUGGGCCGCUGAGAAUGGACACGAGGCCGUGGUCAAGAUGCUCGUCGACACGGGCAAGGCCGACGUUGAUGCAAAAGACAACAAUGGCCAGACGCCGUUGUCGUGGGCCGCUAGGAAUGGAUGUGAGGCAGUGGUCAAGAUGCUCGUCGACACGGGCAAGGCCGACGUUGAUGCGAAAGAUUACAUUAGCCGGACGCCGCUAUGGUGGCCCGCUAGGAGUGGACACGAGGCCGCGGUCAAGGUGCUCCUCGAUACGGGCAAGGCCGACGUUAAUGCGAAGGACAUAGAGAACAGCCAGACACCGCUGUGGUGGGCCGCUGGGAAUGGACAUGAAGCCGUGGUCAAGAUGCUCCUCGACACGGGCAAGGCCGACGUUGAUGCGAAAGAUUACAUUAGCCGGACGCCGCUAUGGUGGCCCGCUAGGAGUGGACACGAGGCCGCGGUCAAGGUGCUCCUCGAUACGGGCAAGGCCGACGUUAAUGCGAAGGACAUAGAGAACAGCCAGACACCGCUGUGGUGGGCCGCUGGGAAUGGACAUGAAGCCGUGGUCAAGAUGCUCCUCGACACGGGCAAGGCCGACGUUGAGGCGAAAGACACGCAGUAUGGCCGGACGCCGCUGUCGUGGGCUGCUGAGAAUGGACACGAGGCCGUGGUCAAGAUGCUCGUCGACACGGGCAAGGCCGACGUUGAUGCGAAAGAUUACAUUAGCCGGACGCCGCUAUGGUGGCCCGCUAGGAGUGGACACGAGGCCGCGGUCAAGGUGCUCCUCGAUACGGGCAAGGCCGACGUUAAUGCGAAGGACAUAGAGAACAGCCAGACGCCGCUGUGGUGGGCCGCUGGGAAUGGACAUGAAGCCGUGGUCAAGAUGCUCCUCGACACGGGCAAGGCCGACGUUGAGGCGAAAGACACACAGUAUGGCCGGACGCCGCUGUCGUGGGCUGCUGAGAAUGGACACGAGGCCGUGGUCAAGAUGCUCGUCGACACGGGCAAGGCCGACGUUGAUGCGAAAGAUUACAUUAGCCGGACGCCGCUAUGGUGGCCCGCUAGGAGUGGACACGAGGCCGCGGUCAAGGUGCUCCUCGAUACGGGCAAGGCCGACGUUAAUGCGAAGGACAUAGAGAACAGCCAGACACCGCUGUGGUGGGCCGCUGGGAAUGGACAUGAAGCCGUGGUCAAGAUGCUCCUCGACACGGGCAAGGCCGACGUUGAGGCGAAAGACACGCAGUAUGGCCGGACGCCGCUGUCGUGGGCUGCUGAGAAUGGACACGAGGCCGUGGUCAAGAUGCUCGUCGACACGGGCAAGGCCGACGUUGAUGCGAAAGAUUACAUUAGCCGGACGCCGCUAUGGUGGCCCGCUAGGAGUGGACACGAGGCCGCGGUGAAGGUGCUCCUCGAUACGGGCAAGGCCGACGUUAAUGCGAAGGACAUAGAGAACAGCCAGACGCCGCUGUGGUGGGCCGCUGGGAAUGGACAUGAAGCCGUGGUCAAGAUGCUCCUCGACACGGGCAAGGCCGACGUUGAGGCGAAAGACACACAGUAUGGCCGGACGCCGCUGUCGUGGGCUGCUGAGAAUGGACACGAGGCCGUGGUCAAGAUGCUCGUCGACACGGGCAAGGCCGACGUUGAUGCGAAAGAUUACAUUAGCCGGACGCCGCUAUGGUGGCCCGCUAGGAGUGGACACGAGGCCGCGGUCAAGGUGCUCCUCGAUACGGGCAAGGCCGACGUUAAUGCGAAGGACAUAGAGAACAGCCAGACACCGCUGUGGUGGGCCGCUGGGAAUGGACAUGAAGCCGUGGUCAAGAUGCUCCUCGACACGGGCAAGGCCGACGUUGAGGCGAAAGACACGCAGUAUGGCCGGACGCCGCUGUCGUGGGCUGCUGAGAAUGGACACGAGGCCGUGGUCAAGAUGCUCGUCGACACGGGCAAGGCCGACGUUGAUGCGAAAGAUUACAUUAGCCGGACGCCGCUAUGGUGGCCCGCUAGGAGUGGACACGAGGCCGCGGUCAAGGUGCUCCUCGAUACGGGCAAGGCCGACGUUAAUGCGAAGGACAUAGAGAACAGCCAGACGCCGCUGUGGUGGGCCGCUGGGAAUGGACAUGAAGCCGUGGUCAAGAUGCUCCUCGACACGGGCAAGGCCGACGUUGAGGCGAAAGACACACAGUAUGGCCGGACGCCGCUGUCGUGGGCUGCUGAGAAUGGACACGAGGCCGUGGUCAAGAUGCUCGUCGACACGGGCAAGGCCGACGUUGAUGCGAAAGAUUACAUUAGCCGGACGCCGCUAUGGUGGCCCGCUAGGAGUGGACACGAGGCCGCGGUCAAGGUGCUCCUCGAUACGGGCAAGGCCGACGUUAAUGCGAAGGACAUAGAGAACAGCCAGACACCGCUGUGGUGGGCCGCUGGGAAUGGACAUGAAGCCGUGGUCAAGAUGCUCCUCGACACGGGCAAGGCCGACGUUGAGGCGAAAGACACGCAGUAUGGCCGGACGCCGCUGUCGUGGGCUGCUGAGAAUGGACACGAGGCCGUGGUCAAGAUGCUCGUCGACACGGGCAAGGCCGACGUUGAUGCGAAAGAUUACAUUAGCCGGACGCCGCUAUGGUGGCCCGCUAGGAGUGGACACGAGGCCGCGGUCAAGGUGCUCCUCGAUACGGGCAAGGCCGACGUUAAUGCGAAGGACAUAGAGAACAGCCAGACACCGCUGUGGUGGGCCGCUGGGAAUGGACAUGAAGCCGUGGUCAAGAUGCUCCUCGACACGGGCAAGGCCGACGUUGAGGCGAAAGACACGCAGUAUGGCCGGACGCCGCUGUCGUGGGCUGCUGAGAAUGGACACGAGGCCGUGGUCAAGAUGCUCGUCGACACGGGCAAGGCCGACGUUGAUGCGAAAGAUUACAUUAGCCGGACGCCGCUAUGGUGGCCCGCUAGGAGUGGACACGAGGCCGCGGUCAAGGUGCUCCUCGAUACGGGCAAGGCCGACGUUAAUGCGAAGGACAUAGAGAACAGCCAGACGCCGCUGUGGUGGGCCGCUGGGAAUGGACAUGAAGCCGUGGUCAAGAUGCUCCUCGACACGGGCAAGGCCGACGUUGAGGCGAAAGACACACAGUAUGGCCGGACGCCGCUGUCGUGGGCUGCUGAGAAUGGACGCGAGGCCGUGGUCAAUAUGCUCCUCGAUACGGGCAAGGUCGACCUUGACGCAAAAGACGAGACCGGCCAGACGUAUUAA